AUGGCAUCUCGUGUUCGUAUAGAAAAAAUGUCGGCAGAAGUUGUCGAUACAAAUCCAUAUAGUCGUUUAAUGGCAUUACAACGUAUGGGUAUUGUACAAGAUUAUGAACGUAUACGAGAUUAUUCAGUUAUGAUUGUUGGUGUUGGUGGUGUUGGAAGUGUAGCUGCUGAAAUGCUUACACGAUGUGGUAUUGGAAAGUUAUUACUCUAUGAUUAUGAUAAAGUUGAAUUAGCCAAUAUGAAUCGUUUAUUUUAUCAACCUCAUCAAGCUGGUCUUAGUAAAGUUGAAGCCGCUGCUGAUACAUUAAGAUUUAUUAAUCCUGAUGUAAUUAUUGAAUCAUAUAAUAUGAAUAUAACUAAAGUAGAAAAUUUUCCAUUAUUUAUGGAAAAAAUUCGAACUGGUAAUAAAAAUAAUUCAGGUCAUGUUGAUCUUGUACUUAGUUGUGUUGAUAAUUUUGGUGCAAGAAUGACAAUUAAUACAGCAUGUAAUGAACUUGAUCAAACAUGGAUGGAAUCAGGUGUAAGUGAAAAUGCUGUUAGUGGUCAUAUACAAUUAAUUGUUCCAGGAAAAACUGCUUGUUUUGCUUGUGCUCCACCAUUAAUUCUUGCUAGUAAUAUUGAUGAAAGUACAUUAAAACGUGAAGGUGUUUGUGCUGCAAGUCUUCCAACAACAAUGGGUAUUGUUGCUGGUUUUCUUGUACAAAAUACACUUAAAUAUUUACUUAAAUUUGGUCGUAUUUCAAAUUAUAUUGGUUAUAAUGCACUUGAUGAUCAUUUUCUAAUAUUAACAUUAAAACCUAAUGAAGAUUGUGAUGAUUCAUAUUGUCGUAAAAGACAAUUAGAACAUCAAUUACAUCCUGUUGUUAUUGAAGAAAAUGUUCCAUCAAUAAAUACUGAAGUCGUACAUGAAUCAAAUGAAUGGGGUAUUGAACUUGUUAGUGAUAGUAUUGAUGUUCCAAAUGAAAAUCUUAUUGAUAAAAAUCGUAUUCAAUUAACAUCAUCAUCAAAUGGAACUGUUUCACUUGAUCAAAUUAAAUAUCAAUAUAUUCCGAAAAUAAAAAAUGAUUCACAAAUUGAUACAUCAGAUAAUGAAACAUCAGCUGCAAGUACAACACGAGAUGAUGAUAUAACAAUUGAAGAUUUAAUGGCUAAAAUGAAAGAAAUGUAA